CGGGGUCGCUGCGCCCUGGAGGGGCGGGCACUGCAGUCGGGUCCCCGCCCGGGGCGGUGCGAGGCCGAUGGGCGGUGCUGGAACCUUCCAGAGCCUGGUCCAGGGCGGCGAGGAGGAGCAAGAGGAGCGGCGGCGAUGGAGAUCGAGGCAAAGGGCUUCACCAUUUGCUCCUCUACAUGCUGGCUGGUGCUGGGCCUUGCAGUUGCUCCACUGGCUUGGGAUACCCCCAGUUGUUGGGAGGUUGGAAACUCUUUGCCCAUACAAACUCCAUCGUUUUCUUCUUCAGACAUGGACCAACAGCAUCAACCAGGCCAAUAAGAAAGCCCUGCUUACCUGGGCAAAAGAAACGGGCAUCAACCUAGUGCAGAUCAACGGGCAGAGGCGAUAUGGUGGCCCACCCCCAGGCUGGGUGGGCGACCCCCCUCCGGCAGGCACAGAGGUGUUCAUCGGGAAGCUGCCGCAGGACAUGUACGAGAACAUCCUGAUCCCGCUCUUCCAGAGCGUGGGGACGCUCUACGAGUUCCGCCUCAUGAUGACCUUCAGCGGGCUCAACCGCGGCUUCGCGUACGCCAAGUACAGCACCCAGCGCGCAGCCACGGAGGCCAUCGCCGCCCUCAACAACUUCAGCGUGCGGGAGGGCUGCGCCAUCGUGGUGUGCCGGAGCACGGAGAAGUGCGAGCUCAGCGUGGACGGGCUGGCAGGCUCGGUGAGCCGGCGGGAGCUGGAGGCCGUGCUGCGGCGUGUCACCGCGGGCAUCCUCAGCGUCACCCUGCACCCCAGCCCCGGCCAGCAGCGCGCGCAGCUCGCCCUGCUCAAGUUCAGCUCGCACCACGCUGCUGCCAUGGCCAAGAAAACUCUCAUGGAAGGGAACAUGAGGCUCGGUGGGGCAGAGAUAAGGGUGGACUGGCUGAACCCUGACCUGAAGCAGAAGCUGCAGUCACCGGAGGAGAAGCCAUCGCCCAGCCGGGUACAGAGGGCCAAGCACCCGCGGCUCGCCAAGCAGGCUCCCCCAUCUCCGGUGCUGCACAACGCGCUGGAGCACCUCAACACCCUGUGCCGGAGCCAGUACCUGGGGCCCCCCUUGUUCCUCACCAAGUGCGUCCAGGCCAACCCCAAUGGGUGGUUGCAGUUCUGGUGCCAGGUGGUGAUCCCGGGGUGCCCCAUGCCCUUCAUGGGGUUCGCAUGGGUGCGGGACGGGCCAGGCAGGAGUGGCCACGAGGAGGCGAAAGUUGCGGUGGCGCUGCAGGUUCUGCGGAUGCUGGGGUGCCGGCUGACGUAGGCAGUGCUCUGCCCGUGCCAUGAGCUGAACCUGAGCCACCAGCCCCGGUGCUGCCGGAGCGGCAAGUGAGCCCCGCUGGGACAGAGUCCUGUUCCAGCUCUGUUUUGAGUUCCGUUUGGUUUGGUUUGGUUUGGUUUGGUUUGAGAGCUGGUGCUGAGGACGGAGCUGCUGGCCUGGUGCAUGGCUGCUGCCCUGUCCCUGGCCAGCCCUUGGGGAUGGUUCUGUUUUUGGGGUUGUUUUAAUCUGGCCCAGUUUGGCUUCUUUUCAGUUGGUUUGCGUUGCUGUGCUGUGGUGGAGGGGCCCUGGAAGAAGCAGUGGCUGCUUGGAGC